CGGGAGGGCGCGGCGGGAGCGCAGGGCGGCUGGCAGAGGAGGGGGGCGGGGGCCGAGGAGGGAGCCGGCGGCGUCGGCGGCGGCAGAGCGGGGUCAUUUCUCGGGAGCGCUCGCCAAUGUGGAGCCGUCUGCCGGGCGUCCGUGGCCCGCAGUUUUUUGGAGCUGUGAGGGAUACAGAAGUUUGAUCAAUAUUGUCUUAACAUGCUUCAGAUAAAUCAGGGUCUCCCUGUGUUGCUCAGACUGGUUCUGAAGUCCUCAGCUUAAGACAUGCUUCUGCCUCAGUCCUACUCGGGCUUUCACCUCACAGAGCAGCAGAGGGUUAAUGAGCCUUGUGACCUAGGAAAGAAUUUCUUAAGACAUAAAAAGCAUAAACCUUAGUAGAAAAACAUUGAUAGCAACUACAUACAAAAUAAUCCAUAAAGCCCAACAGAGGCCCUUCACAGUGAGCUGUAACAAAAUGGCUAACUUCACUAGUAACUCGGGACUGCAGAAAAAGUUCAGACAUUGGUGGACAUCGUCAGCUUUUCUCCACGAUAAAAUGGCAAAUCCCAAAGAGAAAACUCCAAUGUGUCUGGUAAAUGAGUUAGCCCGUUUCCAUAGCAUCCAACCCCAGUAUAAACUUCUGAAUGAAAGCGGGCCUGCUCAUUCGAAGAUGUUUUCGGUGCAGCUGAGUCUGGGUGAGCAGACAUGGGAAUCCGAAGGGAGCAGUAUAAAGAAGGCCCAACAGGCUGUUGCAAAUAAAGCUUUGACUGAAUCUACGCUUCCCAAACCCGUUCAGAAACCACCCAAAAGUAAUGUCAAUAAUAACCCAGGCAGUAUAACUCCGACUGUGGAACUGAAUGGGCUUGCUAUGAAAAGGGGAGAGCCUGCCAUCUACAGGCCGUUAGACCCAAAGCCAUUCCCAAAUUAUAGAGCUAAUUACAACUUCCGGGGCAUGUACAACCAGAGAUAUCAUUGCCCAAUGCCCAAGAUCUUUUAUGUUCAGUUGACUGUAGGAAAUAAUGAAUUCUUUGGCGAAGGGAAGACUCGGCAAGCUGCCAGACACAAUGCUGCGAUGAAAGCUCUUCAAGCCCUACAGAAUGAGCCAAUUCCAGAAAAGUCUCCUCAGAAUGGUGAAUCAGGAAAAGAAAUGGAUGACGAUAAAGAUGCAAAUAAAUCUGAAAUAAGCUUAGUGUUUGAAAUUGCGCUGAAGAGAAAUAUGCCCGUCAGUUUUGAGGUUAUUAAAGAAAGUGGACCACCACAUAUGAAGAGUUUUGUUACCCGGGUGUCAGUGGGAGAAUUUUCUGCAGAAGGAGAGGGAAAUAGCAAAAAGCUCUCCAAGAAGCGUGCAGCAACCACGGUCUUACAGGAGCUUAAGAAACUCCCACCUCUUCCUGUGAUAGAGAAGCCAAAACUAUUUUUUAAAAAACGCCCUAAAACAAUAAUAAAGGCUGGACCCGAGUAUGGUCAAGGAAUGAACCCCAUUAGCCGCCUGGCUCAAAUCCAGCAGGCCAGAAAGGAAAAGGAGCCUGAUUACGUUUUACUUUCAGAACGUGGAAUGCCUCGCCGUCGAGAGUUUGUAAUGCAGGUCAAGGUAGGCAAUGAAGUUGCGACUGGAACAGGACCUAAUAAAAAGAUAGCCAAGAAAAAUGCUGCAGAAGCUAUGCUGUUACAGCUCGGCUAUAAAGCGUCCACUAGUCUUCAGGAUCAGCUCGACAAGACCGGGGAAAACAAAGGAUGGAGUGGUCCAAAGCCUGGAUUUCCGGAACCAGCGAAUAACACUCCAAAAGGAAUUCUUCAUCUUUCUCCUGAUGUUUAUCAAGAGAUGGAAGCCAGCCGCCACAGAGUGACCUCUGGCACAACUCUAGGCUACUUAUCACCCAAAGAUAUGAACCAACCUUCAAGCUCCUUCUUCAGUGUAGAGUCUCCCUCACCGACUAGUUCAGCCCCAGCUGCCAGGGAACUCCUAAUGAAUGGAACAUCUCCUGCUGCUGAAGCCAUAGGUUUAAAAGGAAGUUCUCCUACUCCCCCUUGUUCUUCAGUACAGCCUUCAAAACAACUGGAAUAUUUAGCAAGGAUUCAAGGCUUUCAGGUAUGAUUUUAAAGAAAAAACAAAAAGAGAAAGUAAAACUCAUUAGCCCCAAAUCUUUCAUUUCUGUCUAUCAGAAGGCUCAUUCUUGCCUGCUAAUGUGGCCUCCAUUAACAUUGUAAGUUAUUUAGAAACACAAAAGACAGAGAAAAGAGAGUCAAAACACAUCACUUUCUGUCAUUUCCAUCCAGGAACUCUGUUGCUGCCUGGCUCUCUGCCAUAUUGAUAUUCACAUUUAUAUUCUCUCUGCCUCUCUGUCUGUCUGUCUCUCCCUCCCUCUCUCUUUCUUCCCCUUCCUUCCCCGCCCUCCUUCCCCUCUCCCUCCAUGUCUCCAUCCUUCCCUUCCUCCUGUGUCCUGUCUUCCAGUUGGUCUUGAUUGGCACAUCCAUCUUGACACUUUGUUUUGCACAAACAAGAUUCUCCCUGGAGACAUUUGGUGUUAGUGUUUACAUCACUUCCCCUCAUGUUACAGUCAUGGUUGAGUCUUUCUGCUGCUGAUCUGAUUUAAUAGCAGUUUUGAAGUUCCCAUCCUGUAGUUAGUAAUGACACAGGUACAUUUAUAAGGUCCAGCACCCUUGAAGUCUCUUACCUUAGGGGGCAUUAAAUGUGGCACUGAGUAAGGGGACACUUUCCGGUUGUUGGAGGUAACAUGAGUGUCUGUUGUUGGGUCAUGUGCUGAGCCAGGGUGGUGGACAAGCAUCCACCCCACUGAUACAGCAGCUGUCUCAUGGUGAUCGCAUCCUGUGCACAGCUGAGUUCUGUGUAUGCAUUUGGGAAUGACGCUUCUCCCCUAUUUAUUCUGAAAUACCCUAUGAAACCAACAAUCCUUUAUCACAUAAGAGACUGUAAAGGACUUGUUAACUGUGGGAAGGGAGGUUCACGUGUGCUGACUCCUAGUUGCCUUGAAGGCCACGUACUGAAUGUGACUGUCAACUGACGGGAUGAGCCUGCAGCUCUCGUGUGCUCAGGACGCGCUGGCCCCACAUUUCAUUGCUCAUCUCCCAUCUUAGUCUCCCCCUUAAGACCAAGCUGUAAUCUCUUGUAGAAAUGUUCUAGAUCUGUACUGUGUAGAAGAUCAUGUAUGGUAAAUGUUUCACGCCGUCACAUAUACAAUGGGAAAGAAGAUCAUGUGUGGGAGUACUUUGCAUGUUUGGUUUGGCUUUCUUACUUCACAGAUCCAAUCCAAAUCUUUCAAUUCUAUCUCCAGGUAAUUGCUAGUGUUUUUAAUCAGACUAUUAAUAUGAAGUUGAAAAAGCUGUUACCAAUUAUUGACUCUGUCAUCUGAAAUUUAAAUGCUUUAAUUUCAAGUUAUAAUUUUAGAAUUUGUUAUUUACCUUAAGAAUUACAAUAAAUCAGUUUGAACAAAAGACUUUGAUUCAUAUAGUGAAAGCACUAGACUAACAUUUAGUUCUACUAAUCCUGCAAAGGAUCAAUUAAAACAAACUGAUGAAAAGAAGCCCCCUGCUCAUUUAUAAAUGUCUGCGAGCGAUGGUUCGUCUCUGUGCACUCUGGCCUCUCAGCUGAGCUUUGAAGUUUCUAAGUUCCUUAUGCAUUAGUUCUUGGCCAUGACAGCAGCUAUAAUCUUUUCCUGUCUUCACUUUAACCAACUUCUAGUCUCCUAUCCCUAUUGCCGGGUUCACUGCUUAGAUCUGUCUCAAGAGCUUGCUCUUACUCAUGGACAAGGUAAACUUCUCCAGACCAUGGUUUUUAUACAUUACUGUGCUGCUUCACUGGACUGAGCUGGUGCUGAUGGGAAAUGUGCUGCCAUGGAUCACAGCCUGCAGCUGCAAGGCAAGCAGUCUCUGGAGAGUAGCUUCUGGUCCAUCAUGUGUGUACACAUCAUCAUGCCCCCUACAAGGUUCUUUGUGACUAAUUAAGAGUUUUGAAGUGUAUUUCUUUCUUGGUAAUUUCUCAGGUAGGAAAACAUACAGAUUUUUUGUUUCUUAAACAAUUUAAUUAGACUGUAGCUAGAAAUUGUAAGACCAGCUUGUUAGAAAUUAUAUGCUCUUCUGUUACUUUUAUUUCUGGAAUUUGAAAACAAUAAAUUCAUUUUCUUUGUAGGUCA